CCCUUAUCCUUUCAUUUAUCUCAAACUUCAGCUCUCAACCAAAUUCCAUCUUCUUCAAAACAAAACCCAAGCCCCAAAUCUUCCCCAAAAUGGCGACAACUCUUUCAGCUACAACAAGACUCACUCUACGCUCUCAUCCUUCUCCCUCAAACUCAUCUUUUCCCUCUUCUCACCCCAAACAAUUCCUCAAAUUCCCUUCCUACCCCCACCUUUCUAACGUCACCCACCGCACCUCUCAUCUCCGCCCUCUUGCCGCCGUCGAAGCCCCCGAAAAGAUCGAAAAACUCGGCUCCGAGAUUUCUUCCUUGACUCUCGAGGAAGCUCGCACUCUGGUGGACUACCUUCAGGAUAAGCUCGGCGUCUCUGCUGCCGCCUUUGCUCCCGCCGCAGUUGCCGCCGCGCCCGGAGUCGGCGGUGCAGGAGAUGCGCCGGCUGCAGUGGAGGAGAAGACGGAAUUCGAUGUUGUCAUUGAGGAUGUCCCGAGCAAUGCGAGAAUUGCGGUGAUUAAAGCUGUGAGAGCGCUGACUAGCUUGGCUUUGAAAGAGGCGAAAGAGUUGAUUGAAGGAUUACCGAAGAAGUUUAAAGAAGGAGUGUCUAAAGACGAAGCUGAAGACGCUAAGAAACAGCUUGAAGAAGCUGGAGCUAAGAUUGCAAUUGUCUAGAGACCCUUACAUUGAUUUGUGUACCUUUUUUGGGGGGAAUUUUCUGAUGGUAGUUUUCAUUGUAAUUUGAAACUGUAAUUUUCUAUGUGGGUUAUCGUCUUAUCGAUAGUUUCUCAUGGUUUUUAGCUAAAACUCCAUUUGUUAUUGUUAUUUGAAUUGCUCUUAUUUUGUUUGUUAAAUUGCUUGAUUGAGUUGCUUUUGGCGGAUGAGGUAAGGCGUGUGUAUUAUAUUAAUAGAACGCUGCGUUUCAAUUUA